UAGUUCGACACGGCGCGGUCAGUUCCGAUAAGGUCUCCACCAACCACUCGCGGCAGUUUUCUUGUGAAUCUCGUGGUGUUUUGACGCUAAAAAUCAUGUCUCUCAGUCGCUUCAUUAUCAUGUGCGUCAGCCUCUUCUUUGUGGCUCAACUCGAAGCGGCAACGUUUAUUGCGCUUCCCAACCAACAUCCAGAUCAUCCGGGAAAAUGCUGGGAUGAAACACAAAAUGUCACCUUGAGCGUCGGUGAGAGUAUCACCGUUGGUGAUUGCAUACGUCUCACGUGCAACAAAGACCUCGGAAUAUCCGGUGCAUCAUGCUCCCCAAAAGUCGUGCAACUGGAUAACUUUGAAUGUAAGGAGUUGCCAAUGGAUCUCACACAGGACUACCCGCAUUGCUGCAGUAAAAUUCAGUGUGUAGCCGAAGAUGGAACACUUGUAGUUUUCUAAAAUCAUUUUUUAAUUUACAAAAUAAAACUUACGAGAUUUUAAGCUGUACAUGCUAUAUGUACUCAUAACUAUGUAAAUCCAGCUUUAAAACAUAACUCUGUAUCGGGAUAUGACUAAACUUUCCAAUAAUGUCAAUGUGAUGUAUCUAAAACUAAUGUAAAUCAAUAUAAUUGAAAUAGUGGAUAAAUAAAAACAGAAAAGAAUAAAGAAAA